GCCCAGCUCUAACUAUCGGCCAGCCGUUCCAUCUCUAAUAGACUUUUUACACUGCCUCGCGUUUGCUUUCGAUAUCGAAAUAGACGCAGAGACGCAAAGACGCCGAAUUGGCGUUUACACUACUGGCAGUAUUUAUGUGUUUGAUGACGGCAGAACCUACCGAAUUUUGGAAAUCAACUCUGUAAAUUAUGGAAGACGAAAGCCUUUGCUUUUUUGAGUUUAUGGGAGUGAAGACCAUCGAUGUUCCUCUUUAAUAUAUCCAGCAGUGUCUUGAUGUCUUCAGGUGUUCACAAAAAUGUCUGAUCUAAUGACACAAUUAUUUCAAAGUCUCUUUUUAAGGGUUUUAUGUAUGUUUUUAAGUUUUCCCUCAGCCAUAAUUUGCACACGUCAAAAUUUGCCAUUUUUUGGUGUUAUUAGUGGUAAUAGUUGUGCUGAAAUGGUUAUCCUACGUCUCCAGCAAGACGCAGACCUAGUGUAAACAGACUAAAAGAUACAGUCUAUAAGCAGAAACUAUUGUAUACUUUUGAGAUGUGUCCUUUAUACCCUAAAACCUUUAUCUACGCCUUGAUUCCUGCUACAGAUUCGAGAGAGAAUUCUUAAGCAAACUCAGGCAAGCAUCAGCUUGUUCAUUGUCUCGGUUAUGGAAAACUUCGACGGAUGCUAGGGGGCAUUUCAAUGCACUAUUACGUGUAUAUUAUAUUGAAUUAUGUCUGCCCUGAUACGCAUGAAAGAAGCAGCUGUAUUUGUCGAUAUCGAUUGUACCCAUACUCGUAUUGAUAUCCAGAACAGGUUAAGCAUCUCCAUUGUAAGUAUCUUUCACAAUACGGGGUCAGACUGUUGUGGAGUUGUUUUGAUUGACUGCUGCCAGAGAAUCGGUCCUAUAUAAGCCCGAAAUCCGAUCUAUCAAACAGUUCAAAUCGAACAUUCGACCCAAGUCUUUGGAAUAUGAAGUUCAUUUUGGUUUUGGCUUGCCUGGCCCUUUAUGUGGCCUACACCUCCGCCCAGGACAACUGCAUUGGACGUCCCGUGUUCCAAGUAUGCACUGGCGGCAGGGAUGAAGGUCACAACCGCAGUAGGAGGUGUGCAGUAAGAUUCAUGCGAGAGAUGUGGUGGUAUAACGCACGGGCCAGGGACUGCCAAAAGAUGAGAUAUCUGGGCUGUGGCGGCAACAACAACCGCUACUGUUCCCUCGCCAGUUGUCGCAGGAAGUGCAGACGCCGAUCCUGAUCCUGAUGCUGAUCCUGUCCUGAUUCUUUUUCUGAUGAACGAUUCCGAUAUAAAAUAAAUACUACACUAUCCAGAGCGAACCUAUUGUCCUUAUCGA